AUAAUUGGGCUGACUUUGACUGUAGACUAAAGACGUAUUUAAGCCCGGUCUGUAUAGCAAAAUUAACAAUUUUUCACCAGGUAUUCAAUGCUUUGAAGAACAACAUGGUGAUCAGGAUUGGAGAUUAUAAAGUCCUACGGGACAUGGUGAAUCCUAUUCAUGUCCAAAUGGGUAAAAUCAUUGACGAAUACACUGCCAAAAUGCAGACAGGGAAUGGAGAACCCGACACCACAGAUACGAUGGUAAAUAACAUGGAAGCAUCGGAAGAGAUGAAGAAUUUAGAAAAUGAAAUGGCAAUUAAGUUGAGUAAACACCUUCACCCACGCCUACAAUCGAAAUGGGCCAACUUCGAUUGUUUAUUAUCAGAAUAUUUAGACAAGGUUUGCAGAGCUGGAUUGAAGAAUAUAUUCAUGGUAAUCGAUGAAUUAAGAAACAUGGAGAAGAUCAGUAUUGGAAAUUACAAAGUUCUACGCGAAAUGGUCACAUCUAUUCACGUUGAAAUGGGAGUUAUUAUUGAUGAAUAUACUGAGAAAAUCAGAUUACAAUACGAGAAAGAGCGAACGCGAGAUGUAAACCAGUAAUACUGGGCUGGAUUUAGAUUAUUAAAUUGUAUGUCGAUCCUUUGUGUAUCCAUCAAUGACGAUACACGCGGAGACAAUCUUCAUUCUUUAUUGAAAAUUCAUUACUUUUACGUUUGUAUAUAACACAUAUUCUGCUGUGCCAUUUUAAAUGGAUUAUGCGUUCAUCUAUAAUUCGUUUCUGAAUGUGCAGAAAACAUAUAUACCUUCUUUUCUGCACACAAAGUAUACCAGUGAACUUUUAUGUGUAUAUAGUAAGUAUCAAAUUUGACAAAAAAUAUCCAUAUUUCAUAUAACACGAUAAAUUGGCCCCAAAAUUGAAUAUCUAGAAAAAGUAUGAUACAAAAACAAUAAUAUCAGAAAGUGUGCCGACUUAAAACAAGUAUACCUUUGGACAUUAUCUAAUACAUUUCCUUAGUUUAACUUAUUUUUAACCUCACAUAGAUAACCUCUUAUUUUUUUAUGAUAGAAUACUAAGACAGGGUGAAACUCCAGAUCUACAAAAGUAAAGAAGAUGUCAGUGACUUUAAUAAUUACAGAUAUAACGCUAUAACAUCUGUUUUUAUCAAAAUGUCGGGGAAAUAUUUUUCUUUAAGCAUACCUACAAAUAUAUAAUGAAACAUACAUCAU